CACAAUAAAAAAACACACACGCACAAAUCCUCAACAUGAUCUUUCUUCUUCAUUUCCCAUGCAUGAAUUUUCUUGUUGGUGGCUCCGGAACUCGGGCCCUGGCUUGCCCAUGUGAGCGCACAUGCUAGCCAGUUGCACGGGGGAGGUCCGGAGCGGGCAUUUGGCGGCUGAGCCUAACCUUUUGACCUUUUUUACCGCCCUCAGCAUGUCCAAGGAGCCCUCUUCCAACCUGGAAAGCGCCAUGCAGAUGCUUAUCAAAACCUUCCACAAGUACUCGGGCAAGGAGGGCGACAAGUACACACUGAGCCGGGGUGAACUCAAGGAGCUUUUGCUGGAAGAGCUGGGAAGCUACUUAGGGAACUCCAAAGACAACGAGGCAGUGGAGAAGGUCAUGAACGACCUAGACGCCAACAACGACGGCGAGGUGGACUUUACCGAGUUCAUCAUCCUGAUGGGCGCCCUCACCGUGGCCUGCAACGACUUCUUCUUGGAGUUCAAGUCGGACGACAAGCCUAAAGGCUGCGAGUCGGCCGAGUAGGAGGAAAGAGGAGGGGGGAGCAGUGGGUGGAAUAGGUUGUAAAUCGCAGGAGAUGAGGAACAUUUUCUGGGGCCUUACGCAAUCUUUAACCAACACCGUGCAUUUCUUCAUAAAACAGCAAAUAGCAUCACACAUGCGUCAUUGUAUGUACAGUUUGCCCAGAGUCUUUACUUGGCUGCACUUCUUCCCUCAUCAGCUUUUUUAAAAUCUUUCUUGUGCUUUUAAAGCUUUUUAAACUUUUUGCACGGGGCUAGAAUGUCAACCUAAGAUUGAAUCGUGGCUGAUUAUAUUAUUGUGUUGAGCACUGGAAUCUUCCCCACCCCCUUCUUGUGUCUUUUUUGUAAUCUUUUUUUUUUUUUGGUAAUGACUCAUGCAUUCUUUCCAAUUAUUAAAUGUGAUAUUUAAUCCAA